GGAGGGGUUGCUAGCUGUUGGGGUUCAGCUCAGUGCAGAAACACCCACCUGAGACCCCCAAAGGGGCUGGAAAGGACUCGGCAUUCCUGGGAAGUGCAUGUGUACACCAGUCCUACUUUCUGUGACCACUGUGGCACCCUGAUCUAUGGGUUCCACCCUGAGGGCUUCAAGUGCUCGAUCUGGCUCAAGAUCUCCGCCGCCAACAACAAGCUGACCGUGGAGAUCCUCUCGGGCAAGAACCUGAUCCCCAUGGACCCCAACGGGCUCUCGGACCCCUAUGUCAAGUGCAAGCUCAUCCCCGCGGGCCACGACGGGGCCCACAACGACUCGUGCAAGCGCAAGACCAAGACCAUCAAGGCCACUCUCAAUCCCGUGUGGAACGAGACGCUUCAUUUCGACUUGAGGGCGGAAGACAGGGACAGACGGUUACUUGUCGAGGUCUGGGACUGGGACAGGACGUCCAGGAACGACUUCAUGGGAUCCCUAUCUUUUGGCAUUUCUGAGAUUUUGAAAUCAGCUGUGGAUGGCUGGUACAAGCUCUUGACCCAGGACGAGGGCGAGUUCUACAACGUGCCAGUGCCGCCCGAGGGCACGGACUUGGGUUCCCUCAAGAGCCAGAUGCGGAAGACGUCCUUCAUGAAGGACAGACCCCCGGUCAGCCUGGCCACCAGAGAACAGCAGCACCUGCACAACAUGAACAAGAAGGACGUUAUCCGGGCCACGGACUUCAACUUCCUCAUGGUCCUUGGCAAGGGAUCCUUUGGCAAGGUGUUGUUGGCAGAAAGGAAGGGCACUGAUGAGUUGUAUGCCAUCAAGAUCCUCAAGAAGGACAUCAUCAUCCUGGAUGACGAUGUGGAGUGCACCAUGAUUGAAAAGAGGGUCCUGGCCCUGCCCAGGAAGCCGCCAUUUUUGGUCCAGCUCCACUCCUGCUUCCAGACCAUGGACCGACUCUACUUUGUCAUGGAAUAUGUGAAUGGAGGUGACCUCAUGUUCCAGAUACAGCAAUGUGGGAAAUUCAAGGAACCAGUGGCACCGCCGUUCGACGGAGAGGAUGAGGAAGAACUCUUUGCUGCCAUCACGGACCAGGCCGUGUCCUACCCCAAGGCCAUGUCCAAGGAGGCCAAGGAGGCUUGCAAGGGGCUGCUGACAAAAAGCCCUGGGAAACGAUUGGGUAACGGACCCAAGGGCGAAGAAGACGUUCGUGGACACCCAUUCUUCCGGAGGAUCGACUGGGACAAGAUCGAAGCUCGAGAAGUUCAGCCACCUUUCAAGCCUAAAAUUCUGCUGACAAAAAGCCCUGGGAAACGAUUGGGUAACGGACCCAAGGGCGAAGAAGACGUUCGUGGACACCCAUUCUUCCGGAGGAUCGACUGGGACAAGAUCGAAGCUCGAGAAGUUCAGCCACCUUUCAAGCCUAAAAUU